AUGGCUGAGAUUCUUGUCCUUCUGCUCGCCUUGCUCCCAAAUCUCCAACAUCUCAUUCUUCACGAUAGCCUUUUCCCGCAGCUAGUCUUCCCUGCGGCAGCCAGCGCACUUGACAUCACCAGAAUCCCUCUCAAGACCCUUGACGCAAUGGUGAUGCCUUCUUCGAUCAUCUCUGUCGCACCAGAUGUCGAGACUGUUCAUAUAAGCCCUCAAGACUCUUACCCCAAAAUGCCAGGCGUCAAAAGGGUCUACUUCCGAGGCUAUGGAAGUGACGACAAUGUUGAUGUCAAGAAAGUCAUAUCUUCGUGCUCUAGCGCUCUUUCUACCUUUUCCUACCAAACAGCCUUUAUCUGGUCAUCUGUCGACCAGAGCGUGGCCAAGGUGUUGCAACCGCGAACAGCAGUGGAACUUCUCACUAACGUCUGCUCAAGUCUGCAAUCCUUGCAUCUUGACAUGCGUUUCAGGGUUGCUUUUGACAGAGACUCACAGGUUGAGCCAAUGCCGAGUUUGAAACAGUUUAUCAGGUUGGAGGAGCUCUUCCUUACCACCAACUCGGUGUAUAACGGGUCAAGCUCGACGGUAUCCGACCAAGAAUUUCUUGUGCAUCUUCUUCCCCAAAGCAUCAAAUCUGUUACAUUCGUUGAUCCCGAAUUUCCUCCUCCACCCGAACGCCUUCGUAAGGGCUUGCUUGGCCUGGCCGAUGCCAGGAGAAACGAUGGCUUGUUUCCAAAUCUCAAAGAGCUGCGAUGCGACUCAAGGCAGGUCUACGACGAUGGAGCAAUCAAGAAUUCCUUUUACCAAGUAGGGGUAAACUUCAAGCAUCAAGAGUUUCCCACACUAGACUGGAGCUAUUCCAGAUAUCCCCUACCCGCCCAGUCUCCCCGGCUUGCGCUUGAAGCUUAUCUGGAGGAGUUUGAGCACCACGUGCCAGGGCCUCUCUCUUAUUACUCAGAUGAGGAUUUGUAA